ACAGAGGCUGGGAGGGGUGUUGGCGAGAGCUCGCGCGCUGUGUAUGGUCUAUCGGAGGCAGCUGACCUUCGAGGAGGAAAUCGCUGCUCUCUGCUCCUUCCUGUAGUAACAGCCGCCGCCGCCGCCGCCGCCGGGAGCCCGGGCCGGGAGCGAGAGACGCGGGGCGGACAACCGGCCCCGCCGCCUGACGGCUCGGCGCCACCAGGUGAACGGACAUGGCGGGCUGGAUCCAAGCCCAGCAGCUGCAGGGAGAUGCGCUGCGCCAGAUGCAGGUGCUGUAUGGGCAGCACUUCCCCAUCGAGGUUCGGCACUACUUGGCGCAGUGGAUCGAGAGCCAGCCGUGGGAUGCCAUCGACCUGGACAAUCCCCAGGACCGAGCCCAGGCCACCCAGCUCCUGGAGGGCCUGGUGCAGGAGCUGCAGAAGAAGGCAGAGCACCAAGUCGGGGAAGAUGGGUUCUUGCUGAAGAUCAAGCUGGGGCAUUAUGCCACGCAGCUCCAGAACACGUAUGACCGCUGCCCCAUGGAGCUGGUCCGCUGCAUCCGACACAUUCUGUACAAUGAACAGAGGCUGGUGCGAGAAGCCAACAACGGGAGUUCUCCGGCUGGGAUCCUGGUUGACGCCAUGUCCCAGAAGCACCUCCAGAUCAACCAGACGUUUGAGGAGCUGCGACUGGUCACCCAGGACACGGAGAACGAGCUGAAGAAGCUGCAGCAGACUCAAGAGUACUUCAUCAUCCAGUAUCAGGAGAGCCUGAGGAUCCAAGCUCAGUUCGCCGGGCUGGCCCAGCUGAAUCCCCAGGAGCGUCUGAGCCGGGAGACGGCCCUCCAGCAGAAGCAAGUGUCCCUGGAGGCCUGGCUGCAGCGUGAGGCCCAGACGCUGCAGCAGUACCGUGUGGUAAGUGGGAUCUGCGUCCUCUCCUCCCAGGAUCGGAGGUCCACGUCCCAAGCUGCCCGGGGAGCCCGCGAGAGGGCUAGGGCCAGGAAGAGAACGGGACCCGGGAGAAGGAGGCCGGAUCCCUCUUUCCUUUGUGGGGGGGCACGUGAGGUUCGGGAGAGGGGAAGGCCUGCCUAUGCUGGGGCCUGGUCCCCAGCCCCGCCUCCCGAGCGAGGCCUGCAAGGCUGUUCUCUGGGAGCCCAGAAGGGCCUGCUGUCCCCACCUCCCCACCCCGGGGGGGGGGGGACCGGGCCCUGUCCCCUGAGCCAGCGUCAUGUGUGGUCUGGUCCCUUGUGUCCCCGCAGCACAUUCAUCAUUGAGAAGCAGCCCCCUCAGGUCCUGAAGACCCAGACCAAGUUUGCAGCGACGGUGCGCCUGCUGGUGGGUGGGAAGCUGAAUGUGCACAUGAACCCCCCGCAGGUGAAGGCCACCAUCAUCAGCGAGCAGCAGGCCAAGUCGCUGCUCAAGAACGAGAACACCCGCAACGAGUGCAGCGGCGAGAUCUUGAACAACUGCUGUGUGAUGGAGUACCACCAGGCCACUGGCACCCUCAGCGCGCACUUCAGGAACAUGUCACUGAAGAGGAUUAAGCGUGCUGACCGCAGGGGCGCGGAGUCUGUGACGGAAGAGAAGUUCACAGUCCUGUUUGAGUCUCAGUUCAGUGUUGGCAGCAAUGAGCUCGUGUUCCAGGUGAAGACUCUGUCCCUUCCCGUGGUUGUCAUUGUUCACGGCAGCCAGGACCACAACGCGACUGCCACCGUGCUGUGGGACAACGCCUUUGCUGAGCCGGGCAGGGUGCCAUUCGCGGUGCCCGACAAAGUGCUGUGGCCGCAGCUGUGUGAGGCGCUCAACAUGAAAUUCAAGGCUGAAGUGCAGAGCAACCGGGGCCUGACCAAGGAGAACCUCGUGUUCCUGGCACAGAAACUGUUCAACAGCAGCACCAGCCACCUUGAAGACUAUAAUGGCAUGUCCGUGUCCUGGUCCCAGUUCAACAGGGAGAACUUGCCGGGCUGGAACUACACCUUCUGGCAGUGGUUCGAUGGGGUCAUGGAGGUGCUGAAGAAGCAUCACAAGCCCCAUUGGAAUGACGGGGCCAUCCUAGGUUUUGUGAAUAAGCAACAGGCCCAUGACCUGCUCAUCAACAAGCCCGAUGGGACCUUUUUAUUGCGCUUUAGCGACUCCGAAAUCGGGGGCAUCACCAUUGCCUGGAAGUUUGACUCUCCUGACCGCAACCUGUGGAACCUGAAGCCAUUCACCACACGGGACUUCUCCAUUCGGUCGCUGGCUGACCGGCUGGGGGACCUGAGCUAUCUCAUCUACGUGUUUCCGGACCGGCCCAAGGAUGAGGUCUUCUCCAAGUACUACACCCCUGUGCUUGCUAAAGCGGUGGACGGAUACGUGAAGCCACAGAUCAAGCAAGUGGUCCCUGAGUUUGUGAGCGCGUCUGCGGACUCUGCCGGGGCCAGCGCCACCUACAUGGACCAGGCCCCCUCCCCGGCCGUGUGCCCCCAGGCUCAUUAUAACAUGUACCCCCAGAACCCUGACCCCGUCCUCGACCAGGAUGGAGAAUUUGACCUGGAUGAGACCAUGGACGUAGCCCGGCACGUGGAGGAACUCUUACGCCGCCCAAUGGACAGUCUGGACCCCCGUCUCUCCCCACCUGCUGGUCUUUUCACUGCCGCCCGAGGCUCGCUGUCGUGAAUGUUCGAAUCCCACGCUUCUCUUUGGAGACCACACUCAGUGUGAAGGGGUCGUAUUAAUGCUGAUUUUAGUGUUGCUGUGCAUACUGAUGCCUCUGCUGGCAGCACGCAUACACACGUGCACGUGUGUGUUCACACGCACAAGGUGUGUCUGCCUCGCCUUCGCCCUGCUGGGUGCGCGGCGGCAGCAGCAGCCACCAGCUUGCUCUUCAGAUCAAGGCUCCCAAGAGCCCGCCGGCCCAUGUCUGUGGCGGAAGGGGCCCCGCUGCUGCUGCUGUCGCAGGCACUCAGUGUGGGCCAGCCUGUUCCCGCCAAGGCCUUGCCUGCCUCGCAGCUGUUUGAAUGAAAGCAUUCAAGAAGGGGCUCGGGGACAGUAACAUCUCUGAGUUUAAAUCGUAGUCCUGACUUAGCAGCUUUGGUUCCCAAAUGUGUGCAUGUGCAUUUAUGUUCGUGGAUCUCUCGUCAUGCACGUGUGUGGGUCUAUCGAUUCUUUCCCUCGGGAGGGGGGCUGGGGUUCAGUUGUGAGUAGUACUUUAUACUUUAUCUAAUGACUAUGGACUCGAGACUGUUUGUGACCUGAGAGCUUAUCUAGACCGUGGCCCUAACGCAGCAGAAACGGGUCAUCAGAGUCAGGUCUGUCAGAGCUGCUCUGAGUAUGUACUCGCUUGGCCUCCUGGCCUCCUGGCCUCCAGCCAGGGGACCUGGGCUUCAUGUCUGUGGUGCUGUUGCCCGGACCUGCUAUCUUUCUCCAAGUGCCAUCCCCUCCCCCCGAGCUGGCCCCAGCUUCUUUCCCUGAGGCUCUGCCACCUUGCUCCCAGGAGAGUUGGGAGAGGGGCAGGAACCGGUCUGGGACGCAGUGGGUGAACACAUUGCCGGGACUUGCAGGGCUGUUCCCUGUCUCCUCCUGGAAAACAGCUGCAGCGGCCGCUGCAAAGCAGCCACUGCCGCGUGGCCGGGGAAUCUGGAGCGAGGGGGGAAAGCCGAUCUCGUUCCCCUCUGUUGGGAGGUGGGCCUGGACCAGGCGUCAUCACAGCUGCAGAGCGCUGAGGUCUGAGGAGGUCUUGCUCCCGACCUCACAUGCUCCUCCCUCUGGGGCAGCUGGGGGCAGAGGGUCGGAGGUCCCAGGUUCAAACAUGUCGGAAGGAAGGUGGGGACCAGAAGAGGGAUCCUUGUGUACUUUGUACAUAGGCCACAUGUUUGUGUAAACAGUGUUUUCAAAUAAAGUAUUUUUUU